GCCAUCCUCAUGCUUCAGCCUUCUGAGUGCUGGGAUCACAGGUGUGCAUCACCACACCUGGCUGGAUGUGUCUUUCUUGUUGUCUUCUUGGGUUUCACUUGUGUUUCUGUUAGGCUUAGCUCUUAGCAAUUUUUCUUUCUCAUCUCCAUCCCCUUCUUUGUCUCUUGUCCUUUCCACAUUUGCAUUCCCCAUUUCCCCCUUUCCCCUCAGUUCUCCCUGCCCAAACCUUUCUGUCCACACAAAUUGGUAAACCCCUCAAAUCAAGCUGUGUAUAAAGUUCCUAAUGGGAAGGAGGGCCAGGGAUUUAGCUCAGUGGUUUCACCGCCUGCUGCGCAAGCGCAAGGACCCGAGUUCUAAGCUCUUACCAAAAAAAAAGCCAAAAAACUAAUAUCAACACCUAAUGGGAAGGAAAGGGCUUUAGUGGGAAACUUGAGGGGCACUUUCUUGCAGAAGUAGCUGAGUGGGGCAGAGUGAAAGAUGGCGAAAACAGCCUUUCAGAAGCAUGAGUCUCCUCACUGGUUGCAAGGGCAGAGAGGUUGGUCAUUGAGGGGCAGAGGCUGAGCCCAGAUCUGGCUCCUCUCGUUGGCCCUUCCGGGUGCCGCCCGGCCUCUGGUGCAGGAAGGGGAAGGGGCCAAAGUGUGGGAGAAGGCGGGGCAGGAAGGGGGGGAACUCUGUGGUCAGGGAACUGCUAGCCGAGCACAGCUGCACAGCGCUGUCAGAGCGUCCGAUCCCCAGCUCACGGCCCCUCAGCCCCCUGCCCAUGAUGUUUCCAGCAGUGCUCUUACUCUUACUCCUUUUGGUUGAACAAGCAGCGGCCCUGGGGGAGCCUCAGCUCUGCUAUAUCCUGGAUGCCAUCUUGUUCUUGUAUGGUAUAAUCCUGACUCUGCUCUAUUGUCGACUCAAGAUCCAAGUGCGAAAGGCAGCUAUAGCCAGCUUUGAGAAAUCAGAUGGCAUUUACACGGGCCUGAGCACCCGGAACCAGGAGACUUAUGAAACACUGAAGCAUGAGAAGCCACCCCAGUAACUUCAGACCAGAUGUCCUUGUCACAUCCUUCUUCAGCUUCCAGUUUUCCUCCCACCCCUCUUGGCCUCGCCUCUGCCUCCCCACUGUUAAUGCCAGCUGGCCCUACCCAUAGUGACGCUGAACUCCAGAGUAAUGCCUACCAGUCCUCCUCCCUGUUAAAGACUUGGGCUCAGAUGCUAUUCAUUGAUGUUUCUUUUCUAGUCCCACUCCCUUUCCCUGCCCUUCUUCUCUUCCCCAUUCCCAGCUCCUACUAAACAAUGGCAAGGGAGUACCACCAAUAAAGCUGCCACAGACUGGACUCCAUUGA